GCUACAUUCAAACUUAGGCUCCGAAUUUGCUUCGGACAGCCGUUUGGCUUUCAGACCUCUAUCCCUCUUCUGCAGUGUUCGUUUUCCCUCCCUUUCCACUUUCAAAGCGUUUUCUGCAGCUAACAUCAUUCACGGACAAAACUAAACGAACGCACCGACGCACUAGCGCACACAGACACCUAGGGAGGGACCCCUAAAUCCAUAACUUCACACACACACAGAGUUCUGAGGAUGUCAGCAAUGGAGUGCGUCUCCGUUCUGGAUUCAGAGAACAAUGGACAAGUUGGAGAGACCCCUAAAGUGCACAAAACGACAAAGGGUUCUACUGGGAAUGUGGCAAGGAAGAAGCUUGUUGACCUAAGCAAUUUGAGGCAGCCGCCUAACCUCUCUGUCCACGCAGAGAAGUCACAGUUUGUUGCAGUUAGUACUAAAGAGUACAUUGACCAGCUAAAGAAGCUUAGUGAGGUUCUCUGAAACUGCGAUUCAGGAAAACGUGUCGCUGAUGAAACUCCUUGCAGAUAAAAACAAAAUUGUUGAAUUGAGUGGAAUCGAGUUACAGAAAUUGAGGAUCAAUUUGCAGAAAGUGCAGCAACAGAAUUUGCAGCUCGCUCAAUCCAAUAGUCAGAUGGUGGGGGAACUAAAUACAGGUAAAGAUAGGCUAAAAGCACUACUUCAUGAGCUUGGAUGCAAAAAUGGUUUGCUCAAAGUAAAAGAGUUGGCAUUAAAGGAAAAAAUGAAGGCAAAAGCAAAAACAAAAAUGUGUCAAAAGAUUGAUAGUGAGGUGGAAGCUAGCAAUUGUAAGCAGGAUCAGGAGUCCGUGGAACCAGAUAGAGAAUAUAAUAAACCUUGUACUCCCAAGCAGGGGCAGCAAUCAAAAAGUUUGGGCACUUCUACUGUCAAACAAGUUCAAGCUAAGGAGAACACUGAAAACAAAAGGCUGUGUGUGAGAAGGCAAUCUGCUAGAUUGAAAUCUGAAGAAUCAAAACCCACUGAAGACUUCUUCGAGAUAGAGGAAGCCAAAUUUCCUGUAUGUCCUUUGCAUGAUGAUCAAAUGCAGGGUGAUGUUUCAACUACCAUGCCUUCAAUAUUCAAAAAAGAAGAUAUAGAUGGCAAUUGUGCUUUUGGAAGAACAUCGAUCGGAAGGCCUGUGCGCCACGCAGCCCAGAAGAUUCAGUCAUACAAGGAAACUCCAAUCAAUGUGAAAAUGCGCAGGCCUGCAUAACCAGAUCUUUUUUGACAACAUUCUUCAUAUUGUUGGGGCGAGUUGCAGAUGAGUGCUGAAAGAAUGAAACUCUUCGUUACCUGCUCCGUUAUCUUUCUUUUAAGAAACAUUCUUGUUCUUUAUGUUCGCUCUUUUGAACCACUUGAAGUUUGGCUGCUAGUUCACUGUAAGAUUUGAAACUUGACUAGUUGACUAUAU